CUGGUGAGACAGGGGAAGGAAAGAUGAAAGAUAGGGCACAAGAUGGUGAUUCUUGUGCCCACUUGACUGACUCGAGCUUUCGGACCGAGGGUCGAGCUCACGGGGUGGUCUUGUUGAAAGAAUGGCUGCUAGAGAUGGGUUUAAUGCUCCAAGGCUGAAUACAGAAAGCAUUAGAUCUUCUGACCUUUCACUUAAUUCUGAAAUUCAGUCUCCAUACUUGACCCUACCACCUGGACUCAGUCCUACUACACUUAUAGAUUCUCCUGUGGUCCUCGCAAAUUCGCUGGCACAGCCAUCUCCAACAACUGGAAAGUUUCCAUUCAUGUCGAAUGGCAACAUCCGGUGCUCAGAAUUAUCAUCUGAUGCUCCAGAAAAAUGCAAAGAUAAUGCCUUUGAGGAUAUCUAUGCAUAAUCCUCUGCUUUCAAGCAUGCAAAGAUAAUGACUUUGAGGAUAUCUAAGCAUCAGCUUACCUUUUCGUUAUUACUGCUGGAUGCUCGGAUUUGCCAUAAAAAUUCUAAUUCAUUAGUUUGUUAUAUAUUACCAAAUGUUGAGAACUGUGCAUUCAAUGAAUGAAUUCCAUUUGGUGUUUUUGAGGAGAAUUAACAUGUAAUUUUAUGAUAUGUUGUGUUUGUCAGAUAUCUCCUAUUCAAUCUCUGGUUGGGCAAACAGGUAGAAGAU